AUUCAAUUGUUUUGUCUUCAUAUUCUCUUCAAGAUGAAUGUGUUGAAGUUACAAAAGAAAUUCCCAAUACUUGGUCAAUCAGACCUUUUCCAAAUCAUUGAAGAUUUUCGAGGGAUUGAUUUGGAAGACAAUGGUUGGGCCGAAAAGAAAGACGUUAUCAAUGCAGUUUCCAAAGCUGGUACUUAUACCUAUGACGAGGCUAGAGAAACGCUUAAACAGGUUGAUGUUGACGCCUCUGGACAUGUUGAAUUGGACGAUUACGUCGAAUUGAUGGCAAAGUUGAAGGAAGGUGGUUCUUCAGGCGCCGUUGGUGGUGCUGGUUCCGGGGCCGCUCCAAUUGCUCCAUCCACUCCUCAAAGACUCAAGCCAGCUGUUGGACCUAAACCAUCAUUGUCUCCAGCCCUUUCACCUUCUGCUCCUACUCACAAAACGUAUCUUGGUGGUAAGACUUCCGGAACUACCCACACCAUCAAUGAUGAAGAACGUACUGAAUUCACCAGACAUAUCAAUUCUGUUCUUGCUGAUGAUGCUCAUAUUGGAUCUCGUCUCCCAUUUGACACUGAAACUUUCCAAAUUUUUGACGAAUGUCGUGAUGGUCUCGUACUUUCCAAAUUGAUUAACGACUCUGUACCAGACACCAUCGAUACUCGUGUUCUUAACCUUCCAGGAGCAAAGAAGAAAACCUUGAACAAUUUCCAAAUGUCUGAAAAUGCCAACAUUGUCAUCAACUCCGCCAAGGCCAUUGGAUGUAUUGUGGUGAAUGUCCACUCUGAAGAUAUCAUCGAUGGUAAGGAACAUUUGAUUUUGGGAUUGAUUUGGCAAAUCAUUCGUCGUGGUUUGUUAGCCAAGGUUGAUAUUAAACAUCAUCCAGAAUUGUACCGUUUGUUGGAAGAAGAUGAAACCAUUGAACAAUUCUUGAGACUUCCACCUGAACAAAUUUUGUUGCGUUGGUUCAACUAUCAUCUUAAAAAUGCUGGUUCUCAACGUCGUGUGGCCAAUUUCGGUCGUGAUAUCAGUGAUGGUGAAAACUAUACCGUCUUGUUGAACCAAUUGCAACCAGACCACUGUUCAUUGGCCCCAUUGAACACCCCUGACUUGUUGCAACGUGCAGACCAAGUUUUAUCCAAUGCUGAUAAAAUUGGAUGUAGAAAAUAUCUUACUCCAAAGUCAUUGGUUUCUGGUAACCCUAAAUUAAACUUGGCCUUUGUGGCUCACUUAUUCAAUACUCAUCCUGGUUUGGAUCCAAUUGAAGAAAGUGAAAAGCCAGAAAUCGAAGAAUUCGACGCUGAAGGUGAAAGAGAAGCCCGUGUUUUCACCUUGUGGUUAAACUCUUUGGACGUUGAUCCUCCAGUAGUUUCUUUAUUCGAGGAUUUGAAGGACGGUUUAGUUCUUCUUCAAGCAUUUGAAAAAGUGAUGCCUGGGACUGUAUCUGUAAAGCAUAUCAACAAGAAGCCAGCUUCUGGUGAAUUAUCUCGUUUCAAAGCAUUGGAAAACACCAACUAUGCAGUUGAAAUCGGUAAGGCCAAUAGAUUUUCCCUUGUCGGUAUCGAAGGUUCUGAUAUCGUUGAUGGUAACAAACUUUUGACUCUUGGAUUAAUUUGGCAAGUUAUGCGUAGAAAUAUUACUGAAACUUUGGCUCUGUUGGGUCAAGGUUCCAACAGCAAUUUAUCUGAUAGUGAUAUUUUGAAAUGGGCCAAUGCUCACGUUUCUCGUGGUGGAAGCGGCAGUGGAACUGUACGUUCUUUCAAGGAUCUGUCAUUGUCAACUGGUGUUUGGUUAUUGGAUGUCUUGAAUGGCAUCAAGCCUGGUUAUGUGGAUUAUGAUUUGGUUUACCAAGGUCCAAACAUUUCGGAAGAAGAAAAGUAUGCCAAUGCAAGAUUGGCAAUUUCUAUUGCCAGAAAGUUGGGUGCUUUGAUUUGGCUUGUUCCUGAAGAUAUCAAUGAGGUGCGUAGCCGUUUGAUCUUGUCGUUUGUUGGAAGUUUAAUGUGUGUCGCCGAGAAGAUGUAAGCAAAAUUGUAACUUAU